AUGAAGCUCACCAUCCUCACCGUCCUCGGGCUCGUCCCCGUCCUCCUCGCCGCCCCUGUCCCAGAGGCUGAGCCCGAGGCCAACCCAGGCGACUAUGGUGACUACGGCGACUACAAGAACACGGGCGUGGGCAAGUACGGCAGCUACGGCGACUACAAGAACCCCCCAGAUGGAGGGUACGGCAGCUAUGGCGACUACAAGCAGCCCCCAGACGGAGGGUAUGGCAGCUAUGGCGACUACAAGGACGUCAAGCCCGACGGGCCCCCUACCUAUGCCAGCUACGGCGACUACAAGGACACUGGUGGCAAGCCAAACAACUAUGGGGACUACGGAAACUAUGGAAAGUACGGCAGCUAUGGCAAGUACUAG